UUGGUAUGGACUGCGUAUGUAUUUAAAGCAGAAUAAUUCGACUAGAAACAAGUAUUACUAGUGGACAAUAUAUACCUGCAAGAUUUUUCAAGAGGUGACUAUAUUGACCAUGGACUUUGAAAUGUAUACAUUAAGCAAUCAAAUAUAUAUUGCACAGAUAUGAAGUGAAAAGAUAAAUGGGUUAUUAAUAUUUAGGCAUACGCAAUAUCAUUGGCCAACAAAAAACGUCGGACAGCAUGGAUGAAACAACUAGACUUAAGGAAAUAGAAGAGAGAGCAGCGAUUGCUCUCUAUGCAAAUGAUGCCCAGAAUGCUUGGGAGUUGUAUUCGGAAGCUGCGUCGAUAUGUUUGAAAAAUGACCUUGAAGAAGAUUAUAAAAGGGUUUUAUCUUGUAAAUCAAUGAUGGCAACCAUGCUGCAAAGGAACGAAGAAGCUUUGCUAGAUUCCAUAUCAUAUUUCAUGUUAGACCAGCGCACUGAGCAGGGUUAUUGGCUUGCUGCUAUGUCGCAUAUAAAACAUGGGAAGAAGAAUUUAGCGUUGGGCUAUUUCCUGAAAGGGUUCAAAAUAGCACUGGAACCAAGCCUUUUCUUGGUGGAAAUUGUUCGUUGUUUAGUCACACUUAGGUCAACAAAAGAAAAAGAGGAAUUCACUCAUCUCUUCGGACAACAUCGAGACCUAAAUGUCAAUGAAAUCACAACUGACACGCUGAAACGUACUCUACAGAAACUUAACGAAACAGAAUCUUGGAAGUGUCUUUGUUUAUUAGUAAUAGGAAAGCACCCUGGACCUAAAACUGAUUUUGAUAAGUUAGCAUGCCAAUGUCCUGCUUCUCACAUUUUCGUUGGGAAAAUGCUGAACAAAUUGUCGAGAAAAAAUAAGCAGAAAUUCGGUUUUCAGCUCGCCAUAGCUUUUCUUAACAACGGAGCGUCCGUAAAAGAAAUAGAAAACGUUUACGAAACACCUGCCGUGCAUGUUGGCUUACGAAUGUUUUUAGAAACAGAAAAAGACAUUUUACUUUUGUGGCUCUUCAAAAAUUUUCUUUCUGAGCAAUCAAUGAAAGACAGAAGAGAUGUCAACGGUAAUACAGCUGUUCAUUCUCUGGUUAAGUCUACAGUUGAAGAUAUAAAGCUCAAGCAACGUGUUCUAAAAUGUCUGCUGGAAUACGGUUGUUCUCCUGGUCUUUGUGAUAUGGAUGGGAAACUACCAAAAGAUUGCAUCACUGCAGAUGAUCCUUGUUUUCAAAUUCUAGAGUCAACAGCAUCUCAUAUUGAUCAAACGAGUCUCAACAAUAUAAUAGAUGAUUGGACAAAUGCAGAAAUCAUUCAACAUGCAAACAAAUUGUUUGACCAAAGUAGAUUUAAUGAUGCAUUGGAGUCAUAUAUUAAGGCCAGGGAGAUGCUAACUUCCGAAGAAAAUGAUGUUGAAAUCCAAUGCAAUAUUAUAGAAUGCUACCUCAAUAUGAAGGAUUAUAAACGGGCACUUGAGUUAUGUUUGUCAGUAAACGAAUCUUCAUGUGGACCAGGAAUAGAAAAGGUAAAUGUUUUACGUGGAUAUGCGUUGAAAGGACUAAAGAACUGGCCAGAAGCAUUCUACGCUUUUCUUAAUGUGGCAAUUAAGUUUCAGGACAAAGGAAUCUUUGAAAAGGACAUCGUUGUAAAUAUUGCUGACACAUACAUUGAGUAUUCAACCUUUGACGAUGAACUUGACACAGUACAAGUUGAAAGACUUUGUGAUAGAAUGAAAUGCUAUAUUGUUUGGGAACUUGUUAAACGAGCUUACUGGAAUGUUGCUCAUCGGUUUUUCAAACAAACUGCUGGUACCGGGAGUAAUUCACGGGAAUGCGCAGUUAUGAUUAUAAGUGAUUUAAAACCAAUCUGCACUUUUGCUGUUCUUUCGGAGCAUCGAUGGCUUUCAUGUUUUAUCACAUGUCUUAUCAAGAAUGGCAUGCUCGAAUUCCGAAAUAUCAAAUACAAAGCGCAAAGGAGGAAAUCCUACAAGGGCUUACAUGCUUGUGUAAUGAUAUCAUCUGUAACAGGAGAUACAAGUCUUGUUGAUUUGGUAUCAAAACAAGCUAAAGAGUGCUUCCAGCAUAAUGAACAAGACUCGGAGGGAAACACGGCACUUCAUCUGGCAGUAUUUGUAUAUCGGGAUUUGUCUGAACAUGCAAUCGCACAGACCGUUGUAGAAUGUCUGUUAAUGAAUGGAAUUAAUCCUUUGCUGAAAAAUCAUGAAAGUAACACAGCGAGAAAUUGCAUCGCCGAAACAAACAAAGAAUUAUCAAAGAUUCUUUUGAAAUAUGAAACGAGGUUAAUUAAACAAAUAUCAAAAGAAGAGGAAAUGAAUGAGCGAAAAAGGAAAUUUGAGAUAUGGAAAUUACAUGAGGAAAACCCCCAGAAAAUAGACAACUUCAAAACAUAUGUCUUUGUUAAAGUCGACGAAACACCUUCUGAAAAAGUAAAUUCAAUUUAUAAAUGUGACUGCAAAUUCACAUUACAAAAAAUAAAGGAAAGCGGCAACAUUUCUGAAGAACAAAAAAUCGGUCAUCUGAUAGAAGUGAUCAGAAAAGAUCACAGAUUGAGUACACAUCAUAAAGUACAACAUGAAUGUGUGUCGCUGAUAGCCAAUGCUGUAUCCAAGGAGGACGCACCAGAAAUCAUGAAGACAAUGCUGGAGAUAAGUGAACCAGUUUACGAAGCAUAUCUACACGAAUUAUGUCACUUAAAAAGGUGGGAGGAAUUGCAUAAAAUUCUCAAGUCCUAUCGAGGUAAAUUAUCCAACAGUUCGUUGCAAAUGCUGGCCAGAAGUUGUUCAAUUUACACUCUAAUAGAAGCAGUUGAUAAAGAAGAAACAAUUGCUGAAUUGCUAGAAAUUUUUUUGGAAGGAAAAAACAUAAUUAUUAAAGACGAUGGUAUACUAGUGAACGACUUGUUGAAGCGCAAGAUGUUCAGGGUACUUAGAGUGUUAUUUCAUCAUGAUGUCGACCCGACACUAUUACGUAUUUAUCCUGGUGACACAGCAAUUCAUGCUGCAGUUUGUAUUGGUUUCCAGUUCGAACAUGAAAAUUUUGCCAUUUUCGGAGACUUCGUUGAAAUGUACAACAGGGACAAAAUGAAUUACAAAUGUUUAAACCCUUGUCAACUUGAUGAUAAUGGCGACAGUCUUGUUGAUAUGAUCUCAAAUGAACCAGAAACACCUCGAAAACGAAAAUUAAUGGAAACAUUAAAGGAUUUACGUGUACCAGAGAAAAGUAACGUUACAAAUGAUGAAAAUACGACGUACGAUUAUCAAGACGAAAAGAUGUCAAUAAAUGUGAAAAUCGAGAGACUGGAACAGCACUUAUUAGACGAGAUCUCAAAAUUAUCACCUGGAAUUUUUAACAAAUCAGAACUACGCCCCAUCGUCAAAUUUUCUUCAGAGAAAACAAACCAACAAAACCAGAGUGAAAUGGAAUGCGAAAGAAAUGAAACGGGGUCCAGUUUUGAUGAGGUCGAUUUGAAGAGUUUUGAAUCUUUGCCUUGGGAAAUUGAAUGUACAUCUGGAUUUAAAAAGGCUAUUAAUAGCAGACAUGUUCCUGUGCAUACAAAGAAAAGGGCGUUUGAAUGUAUCAAGAAGCUAGCAGAAGGUUACAGAGAACCACACCUUUGCAAGGCUCUUCAUCAUAACGGAAACCAAGAUAUAAAGCUAUUCGAAAUCAAACUUGAUAAAGCCGUACGAAUAAUCUGGGAAAAUGCAAUCAACUUUUCUCCACGAUGUAAUAAUAUGAGUGCCGUUACUGACAUUGAAUGUGAUGUCAUCUUCUCUGAAGUAAUAAGGAUAUGGGAUAUUGUUUUAAAUCAUGACAGAAUACAUGCUUGCGUUGAAAACAUUACAGAAUCCUAUAAACAAUGCAACAUUUUUCGUCUAUCAUAUAGCCCUAAGGAAAAUUACGGUAUCAAAGGAUCUACUGAAUUGGAGUUGCCAAAACUUUUCACAAAACGCAACACAAACAAACUCGUUGAAUUCAAAGAAACCGAACGGAACUUUUAUAUUUCAGUGAAUCCUAAUGUCACAAAGUUUUAUGACGUAUCACCAGAUCUUGUUUCUCAUGCAUUGAAAUAUUUGAACAAUGAUGUAGAUCUACCAUUCAAGGUAACUGAUCUUGAAUACCUAUUUAUCAAAAUGAAAUUUGAUGCGCCGAUUCUCUUGCUUGGACGAAGUGGUACUGGAAAAACAACCUGCUGCAUAUACAAGCUGUGGGCAAUAUUUGAAGAAUAUUGGAGACAUCAGGAGACAAAGUGUAGUUCUAAUUCUAACUUGGCCGCUUCAAAGCAUUCGGAUGGAAAGCGAAUGGAUGACUCAGAAUAUUCAGAGGAAAAUCAAUUACGACAAAUUGAUCCUGAAGAGGGAUUGAGGCAAUUAUUUGUUACAAAAAAUCCGAUUCUUUGUUCAGAAGCUGAACGAAACUUUAUUGAAUUAAGGAAGUCAAGUUCAGUUGAAAAAAACUUUUCUCCAUCAGAAAUUAAAACAUCUUAUGAAACGCUGCAGGAGAUCGGCGAAAAAGGGUAUCCGUUAUUUUUAACGUACAAACAGCUAAUAGAACUAUUGGAUGUUUCUAUUGGUCCACCUUUUUAUCUGGCAAAUGAAAACUUAGUCGAUUGGUCCGAUAAAAACAAUACUGAAGAUCUUGCCCAGUUUCACAACAAUGAUGACAACUUUUCUGAUUUUUCAUCUGAGGAUGAUGAGUUUCAAUCAGAAGGACCUUCUGAGAAAUUCAAAUCAAGAAAUAAACUGAAAUUCAAAAAACAUACACAGCGAAAGCUACUAACCUAUGAGAUCUUUGAAAGAGACAUUUGGAUGAAAAUAAAAAAAAGCACAACAUGUCAUGCUUCACUUGUCUGGACAGAAGUAAGAUCAUUUAUCAAGGGAUCUUUUGCUGCCCUUAAUUCUUCGAAAGGGCAUUUGACUCUUGAGCAAUACAAAGAGAUCGGGAAAAAAGUGGCACCAUUAUUUCAAGAUGAUAGAGAACUCAUCUACGAAAUGUUUAAAUCGUAUGAACGUGUGAAGAAACACAGUCAUUAUAUUGACGAAGGAGAUGUGACAUUUAAUUUAUUUCACAGAAUGAGAAAUUUAAGAAAAGACGUAUAUUUUCACGAGGUAUAUGUAGAUGAAACUCAGGAUUUCACUAAUGCAGAGCUUUGCAUCCUAAUGCAACUAUGUUCAAUACCCAAUAGAAUAUUUCUUACCGGAGAUACGGCCCAGUGUAUCAUGCAAGGAAUCUCUUUUAGAUUUAAAGACCUUCAAGCUCUUUUAUUCAAAAUCAAAGAGAAUGGAAGAGACACGGUUAAUGUUCCAGAAAAGUUGUAUCAUCUACCGCAUAAUUAUCGGUCACAUGCUGGUAUUCUGAACUUGGCAACAUCUGUUCUUGAUAUUCUGAAGUAUUUUUUCCCGGAUUCCUUCGAUGACCUUGGUGAUGACAAAGGAAUGAUGAUAGGUCCAAAACCAGUCAUUUUACGAACAAGUCGGAAAGAAAAUCUUCAUUUAUUAUUGAGUGGAAACGAAAGAGAGACGUCGAAAAUUGAUCUUGGGGCCCAUCAGGUUGUUCUAGUGACUAAAGAUGAAACGAAAAAAACAGUAAAGUCGACAUUCCAGAAAUGCCUUGUUUUGACCAUUGAUUGUGCCAAGGGACUAGAGUUUGAUGAUGUUCUUCUUUUCAACUUUUUUAAAGAUUCACAUGCAAAUAAAGAGUGGAGAGUGGUGACAUCUUUUUUAGAAAUGUUGACCAAAGAACACGACCCGUAUAAAUCAAAAGACAAGAGAAGUUUUAUUCAUAGUGACAUAUCAACAAAUCUAUACCCGAGACCUCUUGAAUUUGACCCUAGAAAGCACAAAAUAUUAAACACUGAAUUAAAACGCUUGUAUACUGCUCUAACGAGAGCAAGAACAAACGUUUGGAUUUUCGAUGAAGAUGAAGAAUGUAGAUUACCAAUGUUUGAUUAUUUCAUUAAGAGAAAUCUUGUAGAAGUUAAAGACGAUGCAUCUCUAAUAAGAUUUUCAAAACAAUCGGAAUGUAAAGACUGGUGUAAACAGGGUGAAUUUUUUUUUCGGAAAAAACGAUUUGAUUUGGCGGCAGAUUGCUUCAAAGAGGGAUCUGAUAUAUUUAAGGCCCGUUUAGCAGGAGCAUAUCACGAAAAACAAUUAGCUAGAUCAAUGGACGAGAAAUCCCAAAAAUAUCAUUUAAUGAGGGCAGCUCAUUUGUUUUUUCAAUGUAAGAAAGCAAUGAAAGCUGAAAAGUGUCUGCGCAUUGCCUCACAAUACAAAUGUCUGGGACGUUUUUAUGAAAGGACACAACAGAUGCAUGAUGCUGCAGACAUGUACAGAAAAGCCAUCCUUCCAUUUGAUCAAAGUCGAUGUCUUGAAUACUUGGGAUAUUUUGGAAAAGCAAUAAGUGUAUUAGUUGAUAAUGCAUGCUUCGAUUUUGCUCGUGCGAGUCUGAAAAAGUUUACGCAACACCAGAAAAGUGAGGACAAAAUCCCGGAAUCGCUUGACUCGGAUUCAAAGAUUUGUGCAAAGGCUGCCGAUUGCUUUGGGAAAAUGCAGAAUAAUGCACAGUUUUUGAAGUUUGCAAAAAACAUUGAAUGUCAAAAUGAGCGAUUUGUUAUGUACUUGAAAUACAACUUCUUUGAUGAAGCAUUUGAACUGAAUUGGCCCAAAGGUACAGAAGACAAAAGAGUAGAUUUUUACAUGCAAUGUGGAGCAGUACAGAAUGCAUUGCAUAUCCUGAAAGACAACACUCAAAGAAACAAAGACAAAAGGUUUCAGUGCAUAUUAAUUAUGAGUCAGAUUGCUCUUCAUAAGAAAGAUAAGAAAAACCUCGACGAAAUCGAGGAGAAAUUAAAGCAAAUAAUUCAUAAUCAUUCAAAUUCAGUUACUGUUGCAAAAGCACAUUUAUUGAUUGGUCAGUUGAUGCAUUUGGAACAGCAUAUUGGGAAUGCUUUUGAAUUGCUUCAAAAUGACAGGCACCGCGGAAUGUUCGUUCAGAUUGAAUGCAUAGAUUGGAUGAUAACAAAAUGCAAUUUAUCAAAGGGAGAUAUACUAGAAAAAAUUACUCAAUAUCUUGAAAAAUUUCUCCCAACUGCCAAAGCAUCAGAAAUAAGACUUUUCCUAAAUCCUGAUUCAUCAUUUGGACAAGGAAGGUUUGAUGCAAUGUGUGCUUUUUUUGACUUUUAUUAUCAUAAAGGGAAUUUAUUUAAAUUAUAUCCAAGACAAUUUCCGCUUGGUUUGAAGAUAAUCGAAGAAAAGCAAGAAUGUCAGCAAUUUGAAAUAUAUUUCGAUAAACCUGCUCUUGAACAUUAUUGCAAAACAUAUUUGAAAACAAAAUUCCAAUGCUGGAAAAACAAACUGAUUGCUGCAUUUGCUGAAAAACGAAAACAUUUUGAAUGGUUGAACAAUAUUGAAAUGAUGACGCAUUUCAACAUCAUAUCCAUUAAAGCUGCAAUUUGUCUUAGCAAACUUUUGUUUUGCGAUGUAAAAAAGCAAUGUGAAAUUUUUCUAUCGGAUCUGUACGGUGCAGUCUUCCUUAGCACCAGUGUCAGCAGACGGUGUGAAAAUGUAUCUGCGUUUUUACAAGACCGUGACUACGGAUUUAUCAGGAGCCGUAUAAAAAGAAACCUUAAGGAAAAUUUGGAGAACAUUAAUUCAUGGAAUGAAAGGGGAAUUGCUGAUUUCAUAAGAUUUUUACUGAUGGCACACCUAUUGGACUUUAAAGAUAUUUUAGGCGAGCAACUCGAAUGCCACAUAUCACAUUCUGAUUUGUCGAUUUCCUUCAAACAUUUUUUUGAUUCAUUGGUGCGGAUUGAGCUUAAAAGAGCCGUGUGUGAAUUUGAUCAUUUCUGCUACUUGAUAAGCAAAGAAAAUUCAAUUCCUUUUCCAUGUGACCUUUUUAUGCUGUUCUGUGAAAUGUUUCUUACUACUGCAUUUUACAUUAUUGCGCGCAGUCAUCGUAGGACAUGUUGGUUUGUUGUACCACAAAUCUAUUUGGACAGUUUGAGCCAUGUUGAAAAUUUAUUUCUUAAGAAAAUUUCCGUAUUAAAAAAGAUAAGCCAUGAUAGCAAAUCCGAACCAGAAACAGACUUCUUUCUAAAGCAUUUGGUACACAUACUAUGCGGGUUCUCUUGCAAACUGCAUUUGUUAAAAAACAAAAGCAAAAAACAAACGGAAGAUAGAAUACUGGCUUUAGGUUUUACAGUACUGUGUAACUUAGGAGGCAUUUUAACAACACCAGAUUGUACUGAAGUAGAAUCAAAUUUAGCAAGGGAAAUAAACAAACAUUUGAAGCGAAAAGGGCAAGAAAAAAUCCUAGAGGCUAUGUCGGAGGCAAAGUUUUUAAUUGAUUUUCAUAAACCAUUACAUGAACUGCUAAAUUCAGGAGAGCACAAACUUCUGUGGUGCAGUUGGGAUUCUGAAAAUGGAUUAAGUCAUACAACAGAGAAAGAAAAUCACUAUUUUAAGGACAUUUCAAUCAAACCUGAAACCCGCACCGCAAUUACAAAGGCAGAAAUCAGUACAGAUUCUAAAAAAUAUGAAGAACAUUAUAUUCUUGGUGAAAAUCCACAACUAUUUCAUGAAGAGUUUCCUAAACCCAAAAUAGAUGGUACAAACAUUUGCUCAUCAAUAAAAAGUUCAAAAAGAAAGGGGAGAAAAAAACGGAAUACAAUACACGACCUCGAGAAAUCGGGAGAUAAUGCAUCCUUAGAAAAAGAUGAAUCAACUAAACAAAGGACUGAAGAUUGUAUAAACGAUUCAAAUGAAGAAAUCUCCACUGAAAUGUCCAUUGAAGAUAUAAAUAGUCAACUUAAAACUUCAAAUGACAAUGGUGCAGCAACACACGAAGAUUCAGAUGUAAAAAAAGUGGCAUUCGAAAAUGGUGCAGAGCAGAACAAACUGUUUAAAAGUGGUCUACUUGAUGAAAUAAAAGACAGAAAUCAAUUAGGAAAGGAGAAUAGUACUGACUGUAAUGACAAUUUUCAUGAUGCAAAACGAUUAACAGAUUCAGAUGAAAAGGUUAAAGCAAUUGGUACUGCUUCUUGUGGAGGAAAUGCGGCAGUCGACACCAAUUUAAAUCAGAAGAAACUUGAUGAUGGCGAUCAACUAGAAAAAAAUAGGAAAAUGAAUAAUUCAUUUGGUCACAAGAAUCUACCGAACGAUAAUAAAGACGGGUUUCCUGAUGAUAAACUCUUGACAGACAGUGUGUCAAUUAUGGCAUCGCGAGAUACAGAUAAUCUUUUCACGAAAUCUGCUGAAGCUGACGAGACAAAUCAGCAGAUGAAUAAGAUGGACUUAAUUGAUAGAAAGUUUGAUAAUUCUUACAGCCAGAAUGAUGAUAAAAUUGAAGAUAACCAUUACAAAAAGAAUUUGAGUAUCAAUCCUGAAACAAUAUUACCAGAAACAAUUAAGAGUAUUCAUGCAAACGACAUGGAAUGCAGUGAUCAACAUACACAAUGGGAAGACGAUGGUGAUGAGUCUCUGAACGAUAUAAGAUACUUAUUUAAAGUUUAAAAUGUGGAUAUUAUGGAUGAUCAGGAUGCCUCUCUUGCAUUUUAUAAAAUACCUUUUUGAGGACUUUACUCACAAAGUUGCAAAUUGUAGUACAAUUUAAGAAUACCAAGUCAUCCACAAUUCCGUGAACUUAUUGAAUCACGUAUAGCUUUUAAAAACUAUAACUGUGAGAAUAUUUUAUGAACCCCGUAUGAAUAUCAUAAUAUUUUUUUGGUAUUAUUACAUUUGUAGUUUUAAUGAACAAUUAGAAUUCAUUUAUUCCAUUUAAUUCAACGUUGUACACACCCCUUAUCAUACAUGCGCCAUUUACUUGCAUUGCCGUUUAAUGUAGCUUUCCGAUUCAUUAUUUUUUAAAAUUUAACCUUUUUUCAACAUGUGAUUCCUGAUCCACAGAAUAAAAAGUCUAUUAUUGGGACACAUAUUUAUAUUAUAUUUAUGUUAUUUUCAGAUUACAUAUCAAUUAGUAAAACAUUUUAUAACUGAAGGUAUAAUAUCCCUCUAAAUAGAAAGGUAAUAGUUUUUUUUCCUUUCUAAAUUUGACAGAUUUUUUCCUAGCAAUAUAAGCAAAUUGAUUUUCUUGAUAUCAAAGAUAUGCAAUGUUUUAUAACUGAUAAUCACAUAUGCAAGAUUCCUUAUGUACAGGAAGAAAUUGCAACUAAGAUAUUUGUUUUCUUUGUAUAAGAAAUUGGAGACAACAACAAGACUGCAUGCAGUGUUUGCACAUGGAAAUCAGCAAUCCAUAAGUUAUGUUUGUGUGUGUAUCUAUAGUUUUAUAGAAAUUUGGCUAGUUUGUAAUCCAGGUAUGUGUAUGUAAAAUAUGUCAGUAGACACGAUGCAUAUUUAGAUGUUAAAUUAUUUGACGGUCUUCAACACCCCGUCAUUUCAAUGACAGUUUGUUACAACAUAAAGAUUUCAAACCACUGUGAAUUUAACUCUUCAUAUCGCCAAAAUCGGAUGUCUACCUCUAAUUAUAUUGCUUUGAGUACAGCCCUCUACUAACAUUGUGAAAUUCAUGACCAUUGAGUGAGAGGUUCAGACCAUAAAUUGGGGUCUAUAUGGUCAUAUAUUGUAAAUGUAUUCAAUCUUAGUACUUCCAUGUAUAUGUUUGAGAAAAACUAAAUCCUUGGUUACGAUGUCGUCUACCUAUUUAGUAAAAUUCAUGACCUCUAGGACAAGGGUUCAGGCCCCAAAGUUCCAACUCAAAUUGUGAAAUCACGGUUUCUGGGACUGGGAUUCCGGUACUGGGCGCAGCCAAUAUCGGCAUUAAGUGAAAACAUUUUUCUUUAGUCUCUAGUCAAAGGUUGCAAUAUUCGAUAAUUUCAAUUUGUAUUUUCUAUUGUAUUCUAUAACUUUCAAAAUACCCCCCCCCCCCCGCAAACAAAGUUUGGUGUUUGGGGGGGGGGGGGUAUAUAGGAAUCAUAUUGUUCGUCUUUCCCUCCGUCUGUCCGUCUAAAAUUCGUGUCCAGUCCAUUAAUUUCUUAUGGAGAAUAAUUGGAAGUAUUUACUUCACUAAAACAUUGAUUAUGACAUAAUGGUGUGUCAUGACCUUGACCCAAAGUCAUUUCGGAAAGGUCAAGGUCACUGAAAAAAACCUGCUAAAUUCGUGUCCGGUCCAUAUCUUCCUGGAAGUUCUUACUUCACACAAAGAUUGCUUAUGACACGUGGAUUUGUCAUGACCUUGACCCAAGGUCAUUUGGGCAAAGUCAAGGUCACUAACAGAAAUAGAAUAAUACGUGUGUCCAGUCUAUAUCUUUCUUAUGGGGAAACAUUAGAAGGUUUUUUUAAUACGAAGAUUGCUUAUGACCUGAGGGUGUGUCAGUCACUUGACUAAAGGUCAUUAGGGCAAGUUCAAGGUGAUUAAAAAAAAUCUUCAUUCCUGUCUGUGUCUGUCUUGUGUUAAUUAAUGUAAAAUUCGACACAAAGCUUGCUUGUGUCAGGCCACAUAAAAUUCAUUGUUAGAUUAUCAUCCCCACCCACCCCUUGACAAUGGCCCGGCCUGAAGUUUUUUUGAUGAAAAAAAAAUUGCAUGCCAAAAUAAUCUGGGAAAAAAUCAGGCUCGGUAUACCAAACAUUCAAGUUGUCAAAUUACUGCUUAACAUGUGGAUUAUCGUUUGAUUUUAGUUACGUUUGUUAUUAAAGGGAUGCAAUUGUCUUCAUGCAUUUAGAGUUAAGUUGAAAUUAAAUGGAAUUUAAAUAGAAAUUGGUUUGUGUACUCAUAUUAGCAUUGACAAUUCCAAAAAAAAUAGAGCAGUUGUUAUUGAUAGAAUAUGAACGGUUAAAUAGAUAGCAUCCAUCAUUUUCUAUAAUAGGAUAAUACUUGAGUUAUGAUUUUUUUCUUAGAGAGGGGUAUCAUUUGUGAAAUUUCUCACAGUAUCUCUAGUUUGGAUCUACAUUUUUUUAAAUAGAUUUUUUCUGUAUGUUUUCAUAUGUUUUGUGUAUAUUUCAUUUGUAUUGUUUAAUUUUUUAUUUGUAUUGCAUAAAUUCUUGUUGCAUUGUAUAAUUUUUAUUUGUAUUGUAAACUAAUUCAUUUGAAUUGCAAUUUUUUUUUUAUAUUUUUUAAGUAGCCUAAAGGAUAGUUUAUUUUGAUGUGUUACGCAGGAUUUGAUUAAAUAUUAAUCAUUUAUUAAACUGGAUAAUGCUAAAGUUUCUGGAUGGUUUCACAAGGCCAUCUGUCGUAGCCUUUUUUGACAGCUUCAUGGUUUUUUAAAGGCCAUGUUUAACGAUGUUUAACAAAGCUUGGUAAAUGUACAUGUAUAAACGAAUUUUCAAAUACGUAAAGUAAGAUUGUUUGCCUUCGCUUUACUGACAAAUAACUCUAAAAUCUCAGCACCCGUAAAACAUUGUUCCCCGCUUAUCGUUCUUGAUUUUAUGGAUAUAUGACGUUUCACAGAACCUUGUAAUUUUUCGAUUUAAUAAAGAUUUCCAACGGAAGA